AUGAACGCCAUUGGAAGCUCUGCUGUAUGCGUCGAUGCCCAGCUGUCAUGCCACAACACCUCCGCGGUGGAGAAUCUUUGCUGCUUCAAUUACCCGGGUGGUACCCUUCUCCAGACGCAGUUCUGGGAUACGCAUCCUGUCACGGGUCCAGUAGAUUCUUGGACCAUUCAUGGUCUAUGGCCUGACAACUGCGAUGGCACGUACGAUGCAAACUGCGACGAUGAGCGCGCCUACCGCAAUAUUACUCAGAUUUUGAAGCAUUCUGGCGCUUACGAUCUGCUCAACGACAUGCAGACUUUGUGGGUGAGCGAUAGCGGCAGCUCUGAAACGUUCUGGGAGCACGAAUGGGGCAAACAUGGCACUUGCAUCUCAACGCUUCAACCCAGCUGCUACACGGACUACCAACCUACGCAAGAGGUGACGGACUUCUUCAACCGCACCGUUACCCUUUUUAAAUCGUUGCCGAGCUAUGAGUGGCUUGAGAGUGCAGGUAUUGUGCCAAGCAUUACUGCCACCUAUACUCGUCAGCAGAUUCAGUCCGCUUUAGGUGCAAACAGAGGCGAUCGUUCUGUAUACCUUGGCUGCCGGCAUGGCGCGCUUAAUGAGAUCUGGUAUUUCUUCAACGUACAAGGCUCAAUACAGACCGGUUCGUUUAAGCCCUCAGACCUGGUUGGCACGGGCUCUACCUGCCCCAGCAGCGGCAUCAAGUACCUUCCCAAGGGUGCGGCCGGCCCGUCUCCAACCAGCACCACCACGACUACUGGUCCUUCACCGACUUCCACCGGUCCUGUAUUGAGUGGAAGAGGCUUCCUCGACGUCAUAACCUCCGGCAAUAAACGCGGGUGCAUUAUCUCCCGCGGGAGAUGGUAUACCAGUGGUAGCUGCGCAGGCUUCACCGCUUCUCCGUUGAGCGGCGGCUUCACACUAAAGAGCAGCAAAGGCUACUGUGGUGUAGCGGAUGGUGCGCUCACAUGUGGGGCUCGGAUUAGAAAUGCGCCCUUGUUCAACGCCACCAAGGACGGCACGCUUCUAUACAACGGAGCGCAGACGUUUUAUGCUGACGGCGUGCCACGUGGAAGAAAGCAAGGCAUGGUGUACACUGACGCUGAGCACGACACGAGCCUGACGAUCCGGUGGCAGAAGCGGUAG